UCACCGCGGCCCAUCCGAGGUCCCGCCUCUUGCCCUCAGACGCCGCCCCUCCUCCUUUCACUUUCCUUCUCGCGAGCGGGGCGCAUUCGGCCUCUUGCAGCCGGCAGAGUUGCGGGGUGCGACCGAGCUCGGUGUUGGCUGGCUAUGUCCCGCCCGAGCAGCGUCUCCCCUCGGCCUCCGGGCUGCGGCCCGCCCAGCGGGGGCCCUUCCGCUGCCUCAGCCGCCUCCCUGUCGUCCUGCUCCGGCAGUGUCCGUGCCAAGGGGCUAAAGGAUAUUCGCAUCGAUGAAGAAGUGAAAAUCGCCGUCAACAUUGCCCUGGAGCGGUUCCGAUAUGGGGACCAGCGCGAAAUGGAAUUUCCUUCAUCUUUAACCAGUACUGAAAGAGCUUUUAUUCACCGAUUAAGUCAGUCUCUUGGUCUGAUUUCUAAAAGCAAGGGGAAAGGAGCAAACAGAUACCUAACUGUGAAGAAAAAAGAUGGAUCUGAGUUGGCACACACAAUGAUGACGUGUAAUUUGAUCCCUAACACAAAACAUGCUAUUAGAAGCCUCAUACAGCGAUUUCCUGUUACCAAUAAAGAACGGACAGAGCUUCUGCCAAAGACGGAGAGAGGAAACGUAUUUGCUGUUGAAGCUGAAAAUAGAGAAAUGAGCAAAACAAGUGGCAGACUUAACAAUGGUAUCCCUCAAAUCCCAGUUAAAAGAGGAGAAUCAGAAUUUGAUUCCUUUCGGCAGUCUCUGCCAGUUUAUGAAAAGCAGGAUGAAAUUGUUAGAAUUAUUAAAGAAAAUAAGGUUAUCUUGAUUGUGGGAGAAACUGGAUCAGGUAAAACUACUCAGAUUCCUCAAUUUUUACUGGAUGAUUGUUACAAAAAUGGAAUACCAUGUCGAAUAUUUUGCACUCAACCAAGACGUUUGGCAGCAAUUGCUGUGGCAGAAAGGGUUGCUGCUGAAAGAAGAGAAAAGAUUGGGCAGACGAUUGGCUAUCAGAUCCGUUUGGAAAGCAGGGUUUCUCCAAAGACACUGUUGACCUUUUGUACUAAUGGUGUAUUGCUUCGAACACUAAUGGCCGGAGAUAGUGCACUGUCAACUGUAACACAUGUUAUUGUGGAUGAAGUCCAUGAAAGGGAUCGGUUCAGUGACUUCUUACUUACCAAGUUAAGAGAUACAUUACAAAAACAUUCAUCUUUGAAAUUAAUACUUUCCAGUGCUGCCCUAGAUGUGAACCUCUUUGUCAGAUAUUUUGGAGGAUGUCCAGUGAUAUAUAUACCGGGAAGACCAUUUGAAGUUAAAGAGAUGUUUCUGGAAGACAUAUUAAGAAGUACUGGCUAUACAAAUAAGGAGAUGAUAAAAUACAAAAAGGAAAAACUUCGAGAGGAGAAACAACAGACAACUCUGACUGAAUGGUAUUCUGCGCAAGAUGAUUGCAAGCCAGAAUCUCAACGACAAAGAGCAAUUCCAAAUGUAGCUGAAGAAUAUGAUUUGUUGGAUGAUGGUGGAGAUACAGUUUUCAGUCAAUUGGCUGAAAAAGAUGUCAAUUGCCUUGAACCUUGGUUAAUUAAAGAGAUGGAUGCUUGUCUCUCUGAUAUUUGGUUGCGUAAAGAUGUUGAUGCCUUUGCACAGGUGUUUCACCUUAUUUUAACUGAAAAUGUCAGUGUGGACUACAGGCAUAGUGAGACAAGUGCAACAACUUUAAUGGUAGCUUCUGGAAGAGGAUUCUUGAGUCAGGUUGAACAGUUGAUUGGAAUGGGAGCAAAUGUUCACAUCAAAUCAUCCAAUGGCUGGACAGCUUUGGACUGGGCUAAACACUUUGGACAAACAGAAGUGGUUGACCUGUUGGAAUCCUAUUGUGCCUCACUAGAGUUUGGCAAUCUAGAUGAAAGUUCCUUGGUCCAUGUGAAUGCUGGAGAACUUAGUGCAGAAGACAGAGAACUCUUGAAAGCUUAUCAUCACAGUUUUGAUGAUGAAAAGGUGGAUCUUGACCUCAUUAUGCAUCUACUGUAUAAUAUCUGUCAUAGCUGUGAUGCAGGAGCAGUCUUAAUUUUCCUUCCUGGGUAUGAUGAGAUCGUUGGAUUGAGGGAUCGCAUACUGUUUGAUGACAAGAGGUUUGCUGAUAAUCCACAUAGGUUCCAAGUUUUUAUGUUGCAUUCAAAUAUGCAAACAUCAGACCAAAAGAAAGUGCUAAAGACUUCAUCCCCAGGCAUCCGCAAAAUAAUUCUUUCUACUAAUAUUGCUGAAACCAGCAUCACGGUAAACGAUGUUGUCUUUGUGAUUGAUUCUGGAAAGAUGAAAGAGAAAUCCUUUGAUGCAUUGAACUGUGUAACUAUGCUAAAGAUGGUAUGGAUUUCUAAAGCUAGUGCCAUCCAGAGAAAGGGAAGGGCAGGGCGUUGCCGGCCUGGAAUUUGUUUCCGACUUUUCAGCAAGCUCCGAUUCCAGAACAUGCUUGAAUUCCAGACUCCAGAACUCCUAAGAAUGCCUCUACAGGAGCUUUGUUUGCAUACAAAAUUGCUUGCUCCCAUCAACUGUCCAAUUGCUGACUUUUUAAUGAAAGCCCCAGAACCACCACCUGCUUUGAUAGUGAGAAAUGCUGUACAGAUGCUUAAGACAAUAGAUGCAAUGGAUACAUGGGAAGAUCUGACUGAACUUGGCUAUCAUUUGGCUGAUUUACCAGUAGAGCCUCAUCUUGGUAAAAUGGUGUUGUGUGCUGUUGUUCUGAAGUGCCUGGAUCCUAUUCUGACAAUUGCUUGUACUCUUGCAUAUCGUGACCCUUUUGUGCUACCCACGCAAGCCUCUCAAAAACGUGCAGCUAUGUUGUGCAGAAAGCGAUUUACAGCAGGAACAUUUAGUGACCAUAUGGCCCUUCUCCGUGCUUUCCAGGCAUGGCAGAAAGCCCGAAGUGAUGGCUGGGAAAGAGCUUUUUGUGAGAAGAACUUCCUUUCUCAGGCAACAAUGGAGAUUAUCAUAGGAAUGAGAACACAGUUGCUUGGACAGCUUAGAGCUUCAGGUUUCGUUAGAGCCAGAGGGGGUGGUGAUAUAAGAGAUGUUAACACAAAUUCAGAGAACUGGGCUGUGGUGAAAGGUGCCCUAGUGGCUGGAAUGUAUCCAAAUGUAGUUCAUGUUGACAGAGAGAACGUUGUCUUGACGGGACCAAAAGAAAAAAGAGUCCGAUUUCAUCCUACCUCUGUUCUGAGCCAGCCUCAAUAUAAAAAGAUUCCUCCAGCAAAUGGUCAAGUGGCAGCUAUUCAGGCACUCCCCACGGACUGGCUUAUAUAUGAUGAAAUGACUAGAGCCCAUAGAAUAGCCAACAUAAGGUGCUGUUCAGCUGUGACUCCAGUCACUGUGGCUCUUUUCUGUGGAUCAGCUAGGCUGCCAAGUAAUGCUUUACAGGAGCCUUCAUCCUUCAGAGUGGAUGGUGUCCUCAAUGACAGCAGUGAUAGCGAGAUGGAAGACAGAACAACAGCUAACUUGGCUUCACUGAAGCUGGAUGAAUGGCUCAAUUUCAAACUGGAUCCUGAGGCUGCUAGUUUACUGUUGCAACUGAGACAAAAAUGGCAUAGUUUAUUUCUACGGCGCAUGAGAGCUCCUUCAAAGCCUUGGUCUCAAGUUGAUGAGGCAACUAUACGAGCCAUCAUUGCAGUCUUAAGUACUGAAGAACAGUCUGCAGGUUUACAGCAACCUUCAGGAAUUGGGCAGAGACCAAGACCGAUGUCAUCUGAAGAACUUCCUGUAACAUCUUCUUGGAGAUCAAACACUAGCAGAAAAAGCUCAGCAGAAGCAGAAUUUGCAGAUGACUCUUUUAAUUCUGAAAGAGUUCUAAUGAAAUCUGCAUCUCCUGCAUUUCAACAACCACUGAAAUACAAAGAAAGAAGCAUUCUACACUCUAAACGUAGCAUGGAUGACAGGUCAGACCAGUUAUCCGUGAAAUCCACAGACAGUAACAGCUUCCCUAGCCCUUGUGCCAGUCCUUCUCCUCCAUCAUCAGGAAAGGGUUCCAAGCCUCCUUCUCCAAGGCCAAACAUGCCAGUUCGGUACUUUAUUAUGAAAAGCAGCAACUUAAGAAACCUUGAGAUUUCACAACAAAAAGGAAUUUGGUCUACAACUCCAAGUAACGAACGAAAACUGAAUCGCGCCUUUUGGGAAAGCAGUGUUGUUUACUUAAUAUUUUCUGUUCAAGGAUCAGGACACUUUCAGGGUUUUGCUCGAAUGUCUUCAGAGAUAGGACGUGAGAAAAGUCAGGACUGGGGAUCUACUGGUUUAGGAGGAGUAUUUAAGGUGGAAUGGAUCCGAAAAGAGAGUCUUCCCUUUCAGUUUGCACAUCAUUUGCUCAAUCCUUGGAAUGACAACAAGAAGGUACAAAUAAGCCGAGAUGGCCAGGAACUGGAGCCUCAGGUUGGUGAACAGUUGUUACAGCUGUGGGACCGUAUUCCUUUGGGGGAGAGAAACACAGCUGAUUGAACAUACAGCAGUAGAUCUGAGGUGCUGCUCAUGUGAAACAUGCAACCUGCUAAAACCAACAAUGCACUACAAGAGAGAAAUGUAAUUAAAUGGAUCCUGGAAUUCAGUGGCAUCCUUCCAAUACAGGAUGUAUUUGAUGCUGUGUACUUGUUUGAAGGAAAACAUACAGGCUGCUUUUAUUUUCAUUGGGAUGUUUGUUCUUAAUGAUUCAUGUGAUGUUUCAGAUAUUAAAUGGAGGACACCAAAGCAGACUGACAGCAUUAGUGAACGUUGAAUAGUGUUAUAACUAUUUAAUAUUGCAGAAGAAGAAACUGAGAUUAGUAAUAUUCACUAGUUUGAAUUAGAACCUGUUCAGACUAUGCUUGACUAAAAGACUUGCUUGGACUAAAAGAUGUGCAGCUUUCAGGACUACUACUGCUACUAGAAUAAAACAAUGAAAUUACAGUGGAUGGAGCCACUUCCUCUCAGAUUAAAUCCAGUUAAAAUUGUCACAUGAUGAGUGUGUCUUUUGUAAGAAAGCUGAACUCAAGAUGUUUAAUUUUAACUAUACUCUUUGCCAUUAUGUACUCUUAGAAAUGAGCAUUGACUUCUAAUACAGACUUAGUAAUAAGCAAACUCUGUAACAUUGAAAGAACGGGCAUUUUCAUGCAACUAUUUGGUGUAGACCUCAUCUCCAGAAUGGAUGUUAUUUUUCUUUACCAUUUCCCUAUUUCUUCUGACUUCAUUUUUUACAAAUUUUGUCUUUACAUUUCUACAUAUUUUUGAUUUAUUGAUGUCUUGUCCUUUAUUAGUUCUGACCUAUUAUAGUGUUUUCUAGGUGUGUUGUCUAAAUUGCUGUUCACGAGGGAAAGGAGAAAUGCCAUGCUGAACUUGAAAUAGGGCUGUCUUUGUGUAGCUUUUCCCCUACUGCACUCUGAAUAGGAGGGAUAGUUUCAGAGGUACAAACAUAAUUAUUAGCAGUCUUCAAAGCUAGUAAUAUAAAGAUGCCAGCUCUUUCCUGUAAACGGCUAAGUGAGAGGAAAAACCAUAAUGAAUGGUCUUGGUAGAAGCAAGGGGAAAUGCUCUUGUUCUCGGAAGAAUUAACUAGUAUUUCAAUAAAGAUUCUGGACUUGAAUUAAUUGGCUUUGUAACUUCAGUGUUUUUAAUAUUUUUACGUUCAGAUGAGUUUCCAUUGUACAUCCAUGUAGCUUUCUCUUGUUAAAUUUGACUAACAGUGAUCUUACAGUCAUGUCUUGAAUUUACCUGUUUACAGUUUGGAAAUAAGGUGUUUCUAGAAUAAAGUUAUUUUGCUUUUA